GCGAAAAUAUCAGUUGACCGGAUGUUAUCGGUGAAGUAUUUUUGAACAUGCGAGUAUUCUUCGUUAGAUUGUUGCGAAAACGAAACAUUAAAAUAGUUUCUUCUAGAUCAUGGCGGCUUGGGUAUUUCGCUUCCUUGUUCAGAGACCAAAACUUUGUUUCGGAUUGACUUUGGGGGCACAUUUCGUCUUGCUUCUGGUGACGGGUUCGCUAUAUCUUUCGGGUUAUGACAUUUUGCCGGCCGAUUUUACUCAAGUUCCCUUGAAUCUUGAACACGAUGUGACAAAACUUCGCGCAGAUGCUUGGAAAUUCGCACGGCAAGAUUCCCGAGUAAAUAUAAAUCCCACUUCCGUGGGAAUUCAAACCGAGAGAACUAUUCAAUAUGACGUUCUGGAAUUGAUGUACGACGCUGCAAAUGGCAAUACUUUUACAAAGCAAAAUUUGGAAUUCAUUCAAGAGGCAGAAACGGAAAUCUUCAACAAUUCCAUAUAUCAGCAACACCUUUGUCAAAUGCUGGAAAAUGGCCUUUGUAAACCUCCCUUAUCUAUAAUUCGAUUCUUUGACGGAAGUUACAGAUCAUUUCACGCGGAUUUGUUCGAUCCAAAUUUUGAGAACAUUUCAAGCGUCCUAUCUUUGGCAAACUCGAUAAACAUAACUCGAGCUAUACUGGAUUUUCAUUUAGAAAAACACGCCAUGGUUCAUCCAUCCAUGCCAGUUCAUUCUCGAUAUACCAGGUCGUUAUUUUACAUUGGUUAUCCUCUUAGAGGAUUCCACAACACUGAAGACCGAGUCGACAAACAGUGGGACCAAGCUCAGUUAUAUUCUAAGGACGCAUUUGCCGAACUUUUAGAUGUGAAAUUCAGACAAGGAAUUGGGGAGAUGAAAUUUUAUUAUUUUCUUCGCGCGUUAUUUUUUAAUGCCAUUUCUCAGCAGGUUAUAUAUGAUCUUCUUUUAGCUGGUGCUAGCUUUACAUUUAUUUUUCUAUUUAUGCUGUUUCAAACUCAGUCCAUUUGGAUAACAGGUUGGGCCGUGUUCAGCAUACUUACAUGUUUCUUCGGCGCGAACAUCAUCUACCGGGUGAUAUUGGACUGCCGGUACAUCGGUAUUUUUCACGUACUUUCCGUGUUUAUUAUUCUCGGUAUUGGGGCCGAUGAUGUGUUUGUAUUUAUUGACACGUGGAAAGCUUCAGAGUCAAAGACCUUUCGUGAUAUGGCAGCAAGGAUGUCGUUUGUCUACCGACGAGCGGCUAGUGCCAUGUUUACCACAUCGUUCACAACUAUUGUAGCCUUUGUGACUAGCGUCUUUUCUCCCCUGUUGGGUGUGUCUACAUUUGGCAUAUUCUCAGCGCUCCUAGUGUUCGUAAAUUUCUGCUCCGUCGUUAUUUUCUUUCCCACUGUCAUAAUAACUUACGAGUUUUAUUGGAAGAACUAUCGUUGGCAUUGCUUCGGGGAUUUGAAAGCGUGGCAAGCUAUAAAAUCGCGCAGAGAAGACAUUAUUCAGGGCGAAGUACCGGAAGAGGAACAGCAGGAAGACAAGUUCGUUGAGCCUAGUAAACUUGUCAGUAACUUCUUAGGAAACAGGUUUUUUAAAAACUUCAUUGCGCACGGGACAAUUCGCUGGAUAAUCCUAGGAGUGUUCUUGGUUUUUCUUUGCGUUUCCAUUGGAUUUGCAACACAGCUCACCCCAGACGAAGAACCGGUGGACGUAUGGGGCCCGGGCACCAAUUGGUACAUCAUAAAGAGGUUACGGCGCUCGGCAUUUCGGCCAAGUCAGGAAGAUCGCGUAGUUGAGGUGCAUAUCAUCUGGGGACUGAAGAAUCAAGAUCGCAGUUCGUGUCACUUUACAGACUUUAACUGCAAAGGGAAAACAGUGUUUGAUCAAAGUUUUGAUUUAAAUCCAUCAGAAUGCCAGGUCGCCUUGUUAGAAUUCUGUAAAGAAAUAAAGAAUUUACCUGAAAAUCAGAUCCAAAACUUGAGAAUAAGGAGAAACGCCGUUACGGGUGAACCAGAAAUCCAAUGUUUCAUGGAAAGAUUGAAUGAAUACCUGCAGGAUGAAGCUAGCAAGCCAAAGUAUUCUAACAGCACUGUUUUCGCGAUACCGUCACGUGAAAAUGACGUACGACUGUUAAUGGCGCAAAACCCUGACCUGUUCAACGUAACCUUGGUGGGUGAGAUGUACGACAGAUACUUUGAGGCGGUUCUUGGCUACUGGCUGACUAAUGCAAAUCAGUCCGUGACUUCAUCUGACUUCAAAACGUUCGGUGGAUUGCUGGGAGGAGCAAAGGAUCCAACUGACUCGUCCUCUAUUCCAAAUUAUCAAGGGGGCCAGUACGGAAACAGACUACUGUUUGCUUCUGUGGCUGUGAACACGACCAUGGUUCUUAGCAAGACGGGGCAAACUGAAGGACUUAAAGUGUACGAUCAGUGGGAAGGCUUCGUUAGGCAAAAGACAAAGACGAUGCCAAUCUCCUGUAACAACGCCUUUCAAGCAACUCCUACUGGACAUAACGCAUGGCAUUGGUUAAAGGUCAAAAAGGUGCUAGCAUCAACCGCUGUGCGAGGCAUCCUGCUUGGACUUGGUUUAGCAAUAUCGCUUUUAGUUGUCAUGACAUCAAACUGGCUGGUAGGCUUGCUUUGUGGAGCCAUCAUAGCUUGUAUUACUGUUGGCGUUGUUGGUGUUAUACCGCUGGCAGGAUGGAAGCUUGGAGUUCUUGAAUCUCUGAAUCUCACUCUUGUUGUGGGACUUGCUGUCGAUUAUGUAGUUCACCUUGCUGAUGGCUACGUGAGAUCCCAGAAGCCUACGCGACGGGAAAAAGUCAGAGACACACUAGAUCACGUGGGAAUCUCCGUGCUGUCAGGAGCAAGCACGUCACUAGGUGCAUCUGUAUUCAUGAUAGCUGCUAAAAUUCUCUUUUUCUUUCAGUUUGGCAUCUUCAUGUUUUGUACCAUUGGUCUCUCAAUCAUUUACGCUCUCAUUUUGUUCACAACUAUUCUGGGAAUCUUCGGUCCUGAAGGAACUACCGGAUCAUUAGAACCAUUUUAUAAUUGGUGUAGGAGAAAAACUGGGCAUCCUGUACAGGAAGAGAUUCCUUGUGAAGACAUAACUGAUGCUGAGUACCAGUUUGCCUCGAUAGGGUCAAGUAAAACAGCCACACCUUUAUAACAUCGGCUAUUGCGCAACAACAACAACGGCUCAACAAAUCCUCGAGUUUACUAAAUCUUAAAAUUUGUCUUGGCGGUGCUACGAAAACAACAAACCAGCCAGAUGAUCGGAUGAAAG